AUGGAUGUCGCCAACGAGGUCCCGUUUGACAGAGACGACGCUGUUGUUUGGCGUGUGCCGCUACUGCAUCUGUCUGUCGGCUUAUCAACAAUCAAGUACAUAACUUUCAUGCUAUCUGGUAUAGCAUCGCUCUGGCCUUGGAACUGCUUUCUUUCGGCCUCGGACUACUUCCAUGACAGGUUUGGGUCGCAUCCAGCGCUUGCGGACAACUAUUCGUCGACGAUGAUGACGGUGUCCACCAUCACGUCGACGGUAUUCAACUACUAUCUCUCCCGCAGCCAGCACGGCGUUAACUACGCUGGACGGUUGAAGACGGGAAACUAUCUACAGAUGGCCAUAUUCUUGGUUAUGACGUUGUCGGUGAUGGUGCCGGAAAGGUUCACGGUGCUGUACUUCGUCUUUGUCAUGUUCAACGUGUUGCUGACGUCAAUCGGCUCGUGUCUAACGCAGGUGGGCAUGAUGGCGCUAGUCAACAUACAGGGGCCGUUCUAUGCCAACGCAACCGUUGUCGGCAACGCCAUCGCAGGGGUGUUGCCCUCGAUCGCCAUGAUCAUUGCGGUGGUGUCCAACCCGCUGAUCGACCUAAAUGCGCAGCACGAAGUUGGAAAGAGCGAGAUCUCAGUUGAUAGGUCAGCUGAGGCAGUCAAGUACUUCCUGACCAGUGUUUUCAUGGCGGUGUUGGCACAGGUGUCUUUUUGGCUCAUGGAGCACAGCGAAAGAACGUUCAAGCCCGAUACCGAGUUUGUCGGGUUCGCCCAGCUUUGGGCGAAACUCAAGUAUGUCGAGUCGACCAUCAUUCUCACGUUUUCGUUGACGCUCAUUUUCCCCGUCUUUGCGUCCAGCGUGGAGUCGCAAACAAUAUCCAAAAAGCUUUUCAUCCCUCUAGCGUUCCUGGUGUGGAACAUCGGCGACUUGUUUGGGAGAAUUCUCUGCGCAAGCCCCUACUUUCUCAUCAAGCAAGAGAAGAAGCUGAUUGCCUAUUCGGUGGCGAGAGUCGUCUUCAUCCCGCUGUUUCUCAUGUGCAACAUCAAGAACAGGGGGUCCAGCGUCGGCGACACCGGGUACCUCCUCAUCCAGCUCUUGUUCGGCCUCACAAACGGACAGUUGUUCAGCAGCAGCUACAUGUGUGUGGGCGGACUGUUGGACACCGAGGGCGAGCAGCAGGCUGCAGCGGCGUUCACGGCGUUGUUGAUCAACGUGUCGUUGCUGGUGGGCAGUUUGGCCAGCUUCGGUGUGGUCUACCUAUGUCUGUGA